CAGGCUCUAUGAUGAGUUGAUGAUUAGUUGUGUUAAGUCAAUAACCGGUUUUUGUUAUUAACUUAAUUGUAAUCUCCAAUUUCAAUAAUCAAAAAGCCGAAAAUCCUAUUGGCUUCAUUAUAUUUUAACUGAAUUGAUCAGCAGGACUACUUGCAUGCAAAUAUUGGCAUAUUACUACCAACUCCAACCCUUUCAUGCAUUUUUUUUAUCCUGCUUUCGGUUCAUUCAAAGUUAGUUACCUAAUAUUCUGUAAUCUCUCAAUUUGACAACCAUUCAAACGAAUGGUCCUUUAUAAAUACCCAUACCCUUGAAAGCUCUCAUCCUGGCAUGUUUUGAAAAUUUCUCUUCAUAUUUCAGCUGUUUCAACUCUGUAUAUUUUGGUCUCUAGAAAGUAAGGAGUAUGGCUCAUUAUAUGGGCUUUAUAAUAGGUCUUUCUUUUCUUGCCCUUUCUUCCCUUUGUUUCUCUGCCAAGACUUUUGAUGGUAGAAUAGGAUACCUCUAUCCUCAGUUUUACGAUCACUCAUGUCCAAAUGCUAAAGAGAUUGUCUAUUUCGUUGUAGCCAAAGCUGUUGCAAUCGAACCCCGUAUGGCUGCUUCACUGCUUAGGCUACACUUCCACGACUGCUUUGUCCAGGGCUGUGAUGCAUCAAUUUUGUUAGACAGCAGCGGGACCAUAGUCAGUGAAAAGAGGUCGAAUCCAAAUCGGAACUCAGCUAGAGGAUUUGAAGUCGUAGAUGAGAUCAAAGCUGCACUAGAGAAAGAGUGUCCUCAUACAGUAUCAUGUGCUGAUAUAUUGGCCCUGGCUGCUAGAGAUUCUACCGUUCUGACUGGUGGACCUAGCUGGGAGGUCCCUCUUGGAAGAAGGGAUUCCAGAGGUGCAAGCUUGAGUGGCUCUAACAACAACAUUCCUGCUCCAAACAACACAUUUCAAACAAUUCUCACCAAGUUCAAGCUACAAGGCCUGAACAUUGUUGAUCUUGUAGCACUUUCUGGGAGCCACACUAUAGGAAAUGCCCGAUGCACCAGCUUCAGGCAGAGACUUUACAACCAAUCAGGCAAUGGACAACCAGACUACACACUUGACCAAUCAUAUGCUGCUCUAUUGCGCACCAAUUGUCCAAGAUCAGGUGGUGAUCAGAACCUGUUUUUCUUAGACUUCGUGAGCCCCAUAAAGUUUGAUAACAGCUACUUCAAGAGCUUAUUGGCUUACAAGGGCCUGUUAAACUCUGACCAAGUUCUUUUCACUAAAAAUGCUGUAUCAAGGGAAUUGGUGAAGAAAUACGCUUACAACCAAGAACUCUUCUUUAAUCAAUUUGCCGAGUCCAUGAUUAAGAUGGGAAAUAUCUCACCACUUACAGGUUACAGGGGUGAGAUCAGAGAGACUUGCAGGAAGGUUAAUGCUUAUUAAUCAGCGCUAGAAGUCAAUAAUUUUAUGAAUAAAGUUUGUAUACAAUUUCCUGUUCAAUGUUAUUUGCUUUCCUUCUUUUGAAUGAAAUAAAAAGAGUUCAUUUA